AUGAGCAACCUCUUCAGGGCCGGCUCAAUUCCAGUUACCAGCUCAAUUCCAGUUAUAGGCUCAAUUCCAGUUAUCGGCUCAAUUCCAGUUAUCGGCUCAAUUCCAGUUAUCGGCUCAAUUCCAGUUAUCGGCUCAAUUCCAGUUAUAGGCUCAAUUCCAGUUAUCGGCUCAAUUCCAGUUAUCGGCUCAAUUCCAGUUAUCGGCUCAAUUCCAGUUAUCGGCUCAAUUCCAGUUAUCGGCUCAAUUCCAGUUAUCGGCUCAAUUCCAGUUACCGGUUCAAUUUCAGUUAUCGGCUCAAUUCCAGUUACCGGUUCAAUUUCAGUUAUCGGCUCAAUUCCAGUUACCGGUUCAAUUUCAGUUAUCGGCUCAAUUCCAGUUACCGGUUCAAUUUCAGUUAUCGGCUCAAUUCCAGUUACCGGUUCAAUUUCAGUUAUCGGCUCAAUUCCAGUUAUCGGCUCAAUUCCAGUUAUCGGCUCAAUUCCAGUUACCGGCUCAAUUCCAGUUAUCGGCUCAAUUCCAGUUAUAGGCUCAAUUCCAGUUAUCGGCUCAAUUCCAGUUAUCGGCUCAAUUCCAGUUACCGGCUCAAUUCCAGUUAUCGGCUCAAUUCCAGUUACCAGCUCAAUUCCAGUUAUCGGCUCAAUUCCAGUUAUCGGCUCAAUUCCAGUUAUCGGCUCAAUUCCAGUUACCAGCUCAAUUCCAGUUACCGGCUCAAUUCCAGUUACCAGCUCAAUUCCAGUUACCAGCUCAAUUCCAGUUAUAGGCUCAAUUCCAGUUAUCGGCUCAAUUCCAGUUAUCGGCUCAAUUCCAGUUAUCGGCUCAAUUCCAGUUAUCGGCUCAAUUCCAGUUAUCGGCUCAAUUCCAGUUAUAGGCUCAAUUCCAGUUAUCGGCUCAAUUCCAGUUAUCGGCUCAAUUCCAGUUAUCGGUUCAAUUCCAGUUAUCGGCUCAAUUCCAGCCUAUUCGCCGUACACGCCACAGUUUGCACUUCAAUGA